AGGCUAUGCCCUUAACCAAGAUGGCGGCCGCAGCACCAGUGUGGGCACGUCAUGUGACCGCUGGAUCCGUGGCCCCUCGCAUCCCCCCCGAGUGGUGUUGAGUUGGCGAUCGGCAGCAGUGGGCUCUGUAUCGGGCAGCGCAUCCUGUGUGUACACAGCUCGAGAAUCAACUCUGUACCUGGAAUAAAAUAAUGCUGAAUACAUGAAACCAUGCUAUUUCGAAAAGUCAAUAUCAUUAUUCUACUCCUUGCUGCAGUAGUCUUUCUGUUGGUUUUACAUCACAAUCUCCUAGGAUUGAGUGAUUUCUUGAAGAGGCAAAGAUCAGACUCCACUCCUUUAGAAUUUCAGCAAGUGGAUUUUUUCGUGGAAUCUCCUCGCAGGAUUUCAGAUGUAAAAGAGAUACCGGUGGUUAUACCAGCGGUGGAUGAACAACUAGGAGGCGUUAUUGCUGCGAUAAACAGCAUUUCCAGCAACACAAAGUCGAAUGUAGUCUUCUAUAUAGUCACCCUGAAUGGCACGGAGGAGCACUUGAGACCCUGGCUCAGUAAUACCGACCUUAAAAAUGUAAACUAUAAAAUUGUGAACUUCAAUCCUCGUGUCCUUGAGGGGAAAAUUCAAGCUGAUGCUGAUGGAGAUCCAGCUAAACCGUUGGCAUUUGCAAGAUUCUACUUGCCUGACCUGGUCCCUGGUGAAGACAGGGCAAUAUAUCUGGAUGAUGAUGUUAUUGUCCAAGAUGACAUUCAGGAACUUUACAAUACUCCAAUCAGUGCUGGACAUGCUGCUGCAUUUUCCGAUGACUGUGAUUCGGUGACCUCUAAGUUUAUCGCUAGAGGUGCAGGCAAUCGGUAUAAUUACAUUGGAUUUUUUGACUACAAGAAAGAGAGAAUCCGGAAGUUAGACAUGAAAGCAGUCACCUGCUCUUUCAAUCCUGGAGUGUUUGUUGCCAAUUUAACAGAAUGGAAACAGCAGAACAUAACCAAACAGCUUGAAGAAUGGAUGGAGCGUAAUGUUGCUGAGGAACUGUACAGUAAGACUCUCGUUGGCAGUAUCACUGCUCCUCCACUUCUUAUCGUUUUUUACCAGAGGCACUCCAAGAUUGACCCUAUGUGGAACGUGCGACAUCUAGGGUCCAGUUCUGGGAAGCGUUAUUCACUCCAGUUUGUGAAGGCAGCCAAGCUCUUACAUUGGAAUGGACACUUUAAACCAUGGGGCAGGGCAGCAUCCUACGCAGAUGUGUGGGAGAAGUGGUAUGUUCCAGACCCCACAGGAAAAUUCACCUUAAUUCGCAGACACUCUGAUGGCGAGACCAGCAAGUGAAUGGCCCAUUGGAACAAGAUUCAAGAUUUUCUCAGGAAUCACUUGCAAUAAAAGCUUUGGUCCUGUCGCUUAGGAUCCAUCUUGGUCUGCACACCAAAGUACACUACAGGAGCUGGAACCAUAGUAAAAUUAAAUAAAAUACACUGGGUAAUGAUGACACUUUAAGGAAGGCGAGAAAAUACUGUGACUAAUUUCAUUAUCUCAGAGCAGAAUGAGAGAAAUCACCCAGAAGGUACUUUUUACAAGUACAGCAAGAUGCCUAAAUGUCACACAUAAUGCAAGUGGUAAAUUUGAUAACAUUCUCACCAAGUUACUUAGCUGAAAAGAGACAUGCGUUCAUCAUUCAGCCUCUUACAUUUGUUUUUGCUGUUGAUCCAAAAAUUACUAAAAAUGCACCUGCUAAUGACUAUGGAUAUAAGCAUGGGACAGAUUCAUUGUCUGUUUUUAACGACUGCCUCAAAUAGCAAAUCUUUUACAGGACAGUAGUCAUUAAAGGCACACUAUAGUCACCAGAACAAUUACAGCUUAUUGAAUUUGUUUUGGUGAGUAGAAUCAUUACCUUCAGGCAUUUUGCUGUAAACACGGUCUUUUUAGAGAAAAUGCAGUGUUUACAUUACAGCUUAGUGAUAACUUCACUGGCCACUCCUCAGAUAGCUGUUAGAGAUCCUUCCUGGGUCAUGGCUGCCUAAAAUGCAUCCAAACA